AUGGACGACAAAGACGGGGCGGUAUCCGGCACUGCUAAGGGGACCGACUCUCCUCGAUCACCCAAGCCGCCAAACGCAAGAGAGGAGGGUCUAUCAACGAAGGUCUUCGGUUUCCUCGCCACAGCCACUCCCGGUACUCUCGGCGGCGUUGCCGUGGGCCUGGCCGCGACCACAUAUCUAGUGCUCGGCAGGUUAGGCCUCGUCUUAAUCGGCGCAUUUGGCGGGAUCGUGUCCUUCAUACAAUGGGAGCAGCGUAACGCCGACGUGGUUCGGGCCCUUAAGGGGGAGAGUGGGAUGGAUGUUUUGACACGGAUUUUAGCGUCCAAGAAGGCCUUAGAAGACGCGACCCCCGAGGAGCUAAACACCGACGAUGCAGAGAGUGCGUUGGUGCGCUCGUUCGAAGACCUGCAACCCGAGACCCGCGAAGCCUUGAACGAAUUGGUUGACGCUGUUGUCGAUAACUACGUCAAGUGGUGGUACUCGCCCAUCGUACCUUCAGACAAGUUCUUCCCCCUGGCAUGCCGCAAGACGCUCACCACGUUCCUCACAUCGGUUUCCAACCGCCUGAGCCGGAAACGCCCCGCAGACGCCUUCCUCGACUUUCUAACGAAUACAUCUUCCAUCCUUGUCGUCUUCAUGUCCGAGCUAUCCAACGCCUUCUCCGAGCUGCCAGCCGAUUCAAAAAUGUCUGCUGCAGAUGCUGUAUACAAUUACCUUGCCUCGCAUCCCGAGUGUAAUUUAUCCAUCUUGCUGAACCAAAAGCAGCAAGCGCAUAAAUUUCGCAUGGCUGCCGAAGAUAUGCUGGGAUUUCUCGAUCGUCCGAGCUACGAGUGCGAUCCCGCUCGAGUCUUCCUGCGAGAGAUUUUGGCAGGUGUUGUUCUGGAAACGACACUCGAGUCAUGCUCCAAACCUGAGUGGAUCAAUGCAUGGAUUGUCCACUUACUAGAGUCAGGCGAACCUGACCUGAGCCAGGCUAUCGACGUCGGGAUGCAGACGGGACCUGGGACAGACGCGGCAUUUGCCGACUUGGACGGCAAUGUGGGCAACAUCGGCCUCGCCCGGGGGAAUCGGAAUUCUCUCGAGCAGGAAAGGGCACGUAGGAAGGAGUCCGUCCAUAAGAAGAAGCUGAGCAAGGCCGAGGAAGAAAUGGAAUUGGCAAUGGAAGAGAUGAAGCGCUUAAACCAGAUGAUUGCCAAAGAAGGCGCCCUGGGCGAUCAACAAGGACAACAAGCUGCGAACUCGGAAAACACCACAGGCACAGCAAACGCUUCCGAAAGACUAGCCGAUGCCCUCAAACGCAAUGCGGAUGAUCUAGACAUCCAAAAGGGCUUGACUGAGAAACCAGAUCUCCCCGAGCGCCUGGACGUCUCUGCAGGCGCCCCGGAGAGGACGAGUAGCGAUGGGUCGUCCAGCAGGAACGAUGUCAUUCAUACACCCGCCACCCCGCAUUCCGGGGUAACUCCCUCUCCCUCUUCAAGCCAAGAUUCGUCCCCGCCGGCGAAUGAGAGGGCUAGGUUCACCAGCUUCGACCAGAUCGUCCCGCCUGCCCGCGAAGAAUUAGAAGCCGAGGCGAGCGAGCGUCGCAAGCCACCUCCAUUGACAUUACACAAUGCAACCAUCACCGUAUUGGAUGAGCCGGGUGAUGGCAGGAUCAGGACCAAGCCAUCAUGGGAUUACCUGGUCCAGAUUGAACCGGCAACGACGAUUUACCCCGGAUGGAUGAUCAUUAGGAAGUACAGCGACUUUGAGACCCUUCAUGAGGUGCUGAGGCGGAUCGCGACCAUUUCUGGUGCAACCGGUUUUACAGAGAAGCAUAGCACGCUGCCGUCUUGGAAGGGGCAUACCCGGACAUCAUUACGCAGCGAGCUAGAACGCUAUCUCCGAGAUGCCUGUGGCUAUCAGAGUCUAGCUGACAGUGAGGGGUUGAAAAAGUUCUUGGAAAGAGAUAACGGACACAUCCCCCACGCUCCCAAGACGGGAUUCCAGGCGUUUGAGAAACUAGGCAAAAACGUGUUUGACGUGUUGACAAGUGCCCCGCUUGAAGGCUCAAAGGCGGUAGUUGGGGGAGUAACCGGAGUACUGGGGAAUAUCGGCCUGGGACAACGAAAGCCAGCGCCCCCUGUUCCGUCGCCAACGCCAUCAGCGCUGCAAGAUGUCACAGCAGCUAGUCGCUUGUCGAUAUCAACCUUGCCUCGUGCGGAUAGCAGCGUGUCACUGACUGGAAUGCGCAAGCCGCGGGACAGCAUGGACAGCCAGCGGUCGUCCGCUGCCGGGCUGCAACCCGGUAGAAUGCCAUCGAUGGACCGCCGCCCAAGUUACAACUCGCAAGGCGACGCGGAACCUGAAAGCCAGCGGCUUUCCCAGGCCUCGGCGAGGAACAGCCGGGAGUUCAGCCGGGCAUCGAGCCGUGCGGCAAGCCGAGCGCCACCAGCUCGUUCACCAUCGAGCCUCAGCUUCGACGGGUUCCGGUUGCCUCCGCCACCUGACAUGAUUAGCGAUGACUACGAAUCACCCAUCAGCCUGUCGAACGGUCGGCCUCAUGAUAUCCAUCAUGCGCGUUCCUUGACAAUGCCAACGCUCAACACUCAACAGAGGCUAAACGGUCCGCCGCUACAAGGCGUAAAACAACACUCGAGGAUGUCGGAACAGGAGACCCGCGUAGCGGUUGAGCUCCUCUUCGCCGUCAUCAACGAGCUGUACACCCUCUCGUCAGCGUGGAACAUCCGUCGCACUCUUCUCGCGGCGGCCAAGUCGUUCCUCUUGCGGCCUGGCAACCCGUCGCUCCUCUCCAUCCAAUCGCUCAUCCAGUCCUCUGUUCUCGAAGCCAACACUUCGGAUAGCGGCAUCGCAGCGCAUCUCAAGAAGCUCCGGGAGAACACCCUCCCGACAGAGCAGGAACGGGCAACAUGGCCGGCGGAGAUGACGGCCGAGGAAAAGGAAAAUCUUCGGAUCAAAGCCAGGAAGUUGCUAAUUGAGAGCGGCGUGCCUGCCGCGCUCACGGGCGUCAUGGGCCAGGCCGCCACAUCAGAGGCACUGGGGCGCUUGUUCGACUGCCUUCAAAUAGAGGAGGUGGCGAGGGGCCUCAUGUUUGGGGUGAUUCUCCAAGCCGUAAGGACGGUUACGCAUUGA